ACGAGUUAGUGAAAGCAGGUCAGUGUGACAGCGGGCAGCCGCGACAUGGCGGAGCUGGAAGAUGGAAGCUACGUAUGGGCUUGUUUCAUAUACUUUAGCCAAACUUUUCCUGCUGUCCGGUCUUUCUAAGAAGGAUAAUGCGCAGAGAUCCAAGAAGAUGGAAGAGAAAGCAUUAGAAGUUUAUGAUGUGAUCCGUACAAUCCGGGACCCUGAAAAACCCAACACCCUGGAGGACCUGGAAGUGGUGUCUGAGAGCUGUGUGGAGGUGCAGGAAAUAGGAGCAGAGGAGUACCUCAUCGUUAUCAAGUUCACCCCCACCGUACCACACUGCUCUCUGGCUACCCUCAUUGGUCUUUGCCUGCAAGUGAAGCUCCAGAGAUGUUUACCAUAUAAACAUAAGUUGGAGAUUUACAUUUCCGAGGGAACCCAUUCCACGGAGGAAGACAUUAAUAAACAGAUCAAUGACAAAGAAAGAGUUGCCGCAGCCAUGGAGAACCCCAAUCUGCGAGAGAUAGUAGAGCAGUGCGUCAUAGAGCCGGACGACUGACGACUACACCUCCUGAGAAAGAAGGACUCGCCUUUACAGUCCAGAGCUGCUUGUGUCAUUUUUAAUGACCUUACAUCAGGGAUAUGUUUUAAUGGGAUAGGGUUUUGGUUUUAAAGAGAGGGAAGAGGUUCUGUCCAGUGCCUCAAGUUUGACCUCACAAUUGGAGUGUGGCUGGUUUUUUGUGGGCUCUGUUUUAGGGUCCCUCUUUACAUUGAUGAUAGUUCCAUUGCUGGAGGAAAGUAGGCAGCUUAAAUAGAACAAGAGCACUAAGCAUUUGCCCCAGUUUUUUUUUUUUCUUUUUCUUUGUGGAUAAAAAUAAAAGAAACUGGCGAUGUCUCAAAACUUUAAUAACUAACAAAGAGCUCAGAGUGUACAGCUGGUGCAAAUUCUGCACUGGUGUAAAAGCUUAGUGAAAGCUAGCUGCAAAAGGUUUCUGUAAAAUAGUUCAACAUUGUGGCAUCAUACAGUGUGUAAGAGGGCGUGUGGUUACCUCUGUCCUCUCUCUCGGGUGGGGUCAUGAUUAGGCAAUGGCAUAUGGUGAAGAGUUACUGGCAGUGGGAGGGCUACUGUAUGCAUCAGCAAGUUAACAAGUAAGUGGUGGGGGGCAGUCUUUUAAUACUUUACUAGCUGUAUAUUUUGUCGGUUUCGUAGCUCUUGUAAGGUACAUGGGCAAUUAACAGUUUUCUCAAACCUGACACCCUCCCCAACAGGGUGCUGUUAUAAGAGUGAAUGAUUCACCAUUUCCGUCAGCCACACUGCUUCAGUAGCUCUGACACUUUCUUGAGUGCUUCUUGAUACCAUAAAACAGUCAACCCAGGUGUGAGAACAGUGCAAGUAGUACUGGUAGCGUUUAUUUUACUAUUAUGUUUGACAGAGUUCUGUUUUAGGGUUCUAUUAGGGGUUCUGUCAAUUUUAAUGUAUAUUUCGAUAUAUAGAGAACAUGUAAUGUUUCUGAAAGGGCAAUGCUGCGUAUUGCAGAACAAUGACUUGAUGCAGAAGAUGCUAGAUAAGAAUUUAAAAAAAGCAAGGGCUUUCAGCCUCAAAGCUCUUUUGUUGAGUAGCACAGAGGUUCAGAUCUCUAAAGGCUGCGGCCAUGCAGUUAAGUGUUUUAACCUUUUAUGUUUUCCCCUUUCAGAAUGCAUUUUGUUAUCCAUGCCUUUGUUUUAUUGUGUGUAAUGUGUGAAUUCCCACUUGCAGGCAUGUUAGUGGGAAUUUCACAUUGGUCUUGUGGCAAAAACACAAAAACAAAAUUAAACAAUUGGAAAAACAACAGUGGGGGCACUUUGUGGAUUUUGUAACGAGGUUUCUGCACAGGGUAGUAUGUGCCCUUCUGUUUAGACAGGAGCAUGCAGGUCCACUAACAAGACUGAAUUGGUCGGGUGUAUUGCUGUUCUAGACAACGAGAACUACAACAAAGAAAACAAAGAUACACGAUUUCUCAAAGCCCUUAGGAAUCUUCAGAAGGGGAUGGAGGACAGUGGAAGGAUUGUGUUUUUUUUAGUUCUGUUUCUAAUAAUGUAGAGCAAUUUAGAUGUGGCCCAUGCUGUGCUCAUGUGGCUAGGUUUAUUGAACCAGAAUUGCAAUUUACUUUGGUGUUUGUUUUUUUGAUGGUGGGAUGGGGGUCUGUACUAAUGUACUAACUUUUAGUAUCCCAGACGUCUUACGUAGGUUCACUUUUGUGUCCUUAAAUUUACAUUCAGGUGUUACUUGCUCAUCAAACCUGAUAAUAGACAGAGUUUUACUGGGUACAUAGUAAAACAAAAGUAUGCCUAAAGGGAGGGGGCAGAAUAACUGUAUAUCACUGUUAAAUUACUUUUAUAAUUCUCCCACUUAGAAGUGCUUUUAUAUUCAGAGGACAGUAUCCUGCUGUUUGUUUAAAAAUGUAAUUUUUCCAUUUAGCAAUUCAAGAAAGACUGAACUUGUUUAAUUGAAUGUGAUUAUACACAGUGGGGCCCGUUUAAUAGCACCAGAACUCACUGAUUGGAAUAGUUGCUUUGUCUGAAUUUUGUCAAAUGUGUUCUAAUUUAGUUAAAACCUAUUCAGACACUUUUUAGUAAUUAGAAAUCUGUGUGCAACUCCACCAUAGUAACAACUGUGAUAUUCAGGUUUGUUUUGUUUUUUUACACCAGAGUUGAUUAAGAAAUACCGUAAAUUACUGACCCUGAUAACCUUUCUUAUGAUUAUUUUCUACUAAAGAGCCCUCAUUGCUUUCAGAUUCUUUAUUGUGGCAAAAUGCAAUGUCAGUUUGCUGGUGUAUCUCAAAAGAUGUUUAAUGCAUGUAUAAUAGCAGAAGCCAUUGGAAUUGUUAAAACUACUACGAAGGGCAUUUCAAAAAAGAGUCCAAUCCCAUUUUUGCCUUGCCUUUUAAAAAAAAAAAAAAAAAAAAAAAAAAAAAAAAAAAUUUCAAUACAAACUUUUAUAAAUCAAUGUACUCAUUUUGUACACAGUAUGCACUGUGUAACCCUAUUGUAAAUGACUGAUUGUUACUCCUCUGCACUGAGAUAUUUUAUUUUAAUAAAGCUAUACUCUGAAGAUA